UGUUUCUUUUAUUCAAGUUUUCCUUCAAGUAUCAAGUAUCAAAAUCAAUCCAAAUGUUUUAUUCAUGUUAUGUUUGUUUUGCAGGAAAUGAUGGUAUAAUGUCAAACUGCACUACCGAGUUGUCUGAAACAAGCCCUAAUCUCCGCAUUUUCCUGCUGGUCUCUUUGUCUCUGGUUCUAAUAUUUGGCACAUUGUUUAAUUCUUUUGCCUUAUGGGUGUUCUCUUGCAAGAUGAAGAAAUGGACAGAAACAAGAGUGUUUAUGAUGUGUUUGCUGGUUAGUGACUGCUGCCUACUCGUUGCGAUUCCUUUCCGAAUUUACUCUGUCUGGAAACCAUGGGAUCUGGGAAGAACGACAUGUCAAAUCGUGCUCUCAUGCUAUUUUAUGAACACAUAUAUGGGCAUUUGCAUAAUUACAUUAAUUGCUGUGGACAGAUAUAUAGCCAUUAAAUUUCCUUUGAAAGCAAGAACCUUGCGUUCUCCUAAGAAAGCUGUGUUGGCAUGUGGGAUUAUUUUGAUACUCUUGUUAGCAACACGCCUCUACCUUGAACUUAAACCCAGUAAUCGUAAUAUUUCAACAGUUUGUUUCCGCAAGCUUACCCGACGUCCGUUAACUAGAACCUUGUACUUUGCCAUUCUAGGGUUUUGCAUUCCAUUAGUUAUACUUAUAUUUUGUUCAGUUGAAAUUAUUAAAAUCUUGAAGAAAAAGCCCAUACAUUCUACCCAAGAACUUAAAAGCAUACAGAAGACAAUUUACAUAGUGUCCGUUAACCUUGUCAUUUUCAUGGUUUGCUUUUUGCCCUUUGCUACUAUAAAUAUUGUAAGGUACAUUGUGGAAUCCUUGAGCUCGGAUUGCUCUUUAGUAAAACUUGUUAAUGAUUUUGCUAAUGGAACUCAAGCCAUCGCUAACAUAAACUGUUGCCUUGAUGCUGUUACUUAUUAUUUUGUAGCUGCUGAAUUCUGGGAAAAAGCAUCACUAUCUCCGAAAUUGAAUCUGUUACUGUACACUCAGACUCAGGACACAAGCCUUCAGGAUAAAUAGUUAUAUUAACAAUUUUUACACAAGUAGCGCUGUUGUAAUUUAUAAACCCUAUUUAAAAAAAAAAAGCAUCCCUGUAGUUUAGUACUGUGUACAGUCCACCACAAAAAUGGACAUUAAAUAAGCCUAAACAAUGUGAUAAUAUGAAUCUCUACAUAUGUGAAUUCAAAUAAAUUAAAUAAAUAAACUAUCCAGUUGACAGUGGUCAUAUUCCAAGCCACCAUAUUCCAUCUGUAUGUAAAGAUUAUGGGAAUAACAGGUGGAAUGGAUGAGGAGAUAGGGAUUAUUAUCUGCACAUAUCAGAGCAUAUUCACAGGCUGCAACAGCAGCCUGCAAUGCACUUUUGUAAUUAAGAUGUCUAGUUUUAGUCAAGCAAUUGUUUUUAAUGUAUAGUCUUUAUUCACUACCAGGGAAUCGUAGAAAAUGAAUAAGGAAAUAGUUGGGCCAAAUUAGA